CCUUAGAUACCUCAUAUCUGACCACCAUAACAGAGAAAGAUCAAGAUGCCUCAAGUAGUAGCAUCCUCGUGAUCAUUGAUUUUACUAGUAAGGGGACUAGAUUAAGAUUCUCUUCCUCUUUUCGGAAAAAAGUCGGUGUUUUUGUUUUAUUUCCUUAGAUGAUUACCUUUUUUUGUCGCAUUCAUCGCAGGUCGCAACACUCUGGAGAAAACUGGUCGAUCAACGGCCAGAAUCGAGCAGGCACCACGUUCAGCUGAUUGCAUGAUGAUGUAACAAAUGGAGUAAUUGUCGUAUAGUACACGAACGAAUACAACCCAGAGCAAACUCGCGUCUGGGAAUGAACCCGAUGAGAAGAGCGUGAAGCAGACAAGUGAUAGUGUCGUUAGAGGAUACUGGCCAAAAAUCUUCAUGCAGUCGCGUCAGCACCAUGCAAGCGGGUGGUCGCUCGCGUGACGGCUAGCUGGACGCGGAAGAAGCGUGGCACUUGCAGCUGCCGGCAACUCGGUACAAAAAGCAUAAAUCUUCGGGGAGAGGAGCUCCCGCUGGAGGGCGACAGAAGAUGGCGCAAAUCUUCAAUCGCGGCGGCAGCAACGUGAACUUUGAGCGCAUUCCUAUUUUGAACUACCUGAAGCUGCGCCCGGAGGUAUCCUGAACAAGAUUUUCACCAUCACCCUCAAUUGUUGGUCAUUGCGGAUAUGCAUGCAAAACGUGCGCGUCGUUACAUUCAUUACAAACCGGGGGUGAUGGUGAUUUAGAUUUUGUCGAGGAUAAGAUGCCGAAGUUCCCGUCUACACCGCCCCAGAGCAUUUCAUGAACUUAGCUUGCUGGUACCUGAAGCAAGGACAAGCACCGGGGAAAGCUCUGAAAGCGGUGGAAAAUGCGGUAUGUAUCAUUUAAGUGUAAGUUCAAGUGUUAAGGAGAGUACUUUACUUUGUCAUUUCCACUACAAAGCUUCGCGAAGUGGACUGAGGACCGAUACUUAGAGAUGUAGGGAACUACGUCCGUCCUCCUUCUUAUGCCGAGUAAGAACGUUCGCGCAACAUAGUUGCUCAGCGUCUCACUCUGCAAAGAAAAACAAAUCCGCACAUGCAAGCGAAAGUUGCUUAUUCGGGUCUGUGCGUUGUCGGUUUUGCUUUGUGUGUCUAAUUCCAGAAGAAGAAAUCGUACUUGUAAAACUAAUCUAACCACAAACUUGUACUAGGUCGAGUCUGCGGAUAGGUUAGCAGAAAAGGAUCCAGCGGUGCACCUGGUUGCGCAGUGCAAGGCUCGGGUCCUUUUGUGCGCGAUCUUAAGCCCCCAGAACCGGCACGAUGAGGCGUUUGAGUCCGUGUACGAAGCGAAUCGCUUCCUGGACCUGUUUUGGGAAUACGAGCAGGACACCGUUCUGAAUCAUUCGUUCUGGCGCGAGUUCGGGAAAGUGAAGUACCAAGUGCUGCGCUGUCUCUGCGUGGAGGCGGAGUUCCUGCGGCUCCCGGACGACGUUUUGACGUCGCUGCAGACCCAGCGAGACCGGUUCUUCCAAGAGAAUGGGCACGACUUGGUACCCGCGGAUCCCAUCGACGCCGAGGAGUACGCCCAAAUAAAAGCGGAGGUCGAGUCCUUGAGCCCCGGCGGCAGUCCGGAAGAGAAGCAGUUGGCGCUCCUCCCGCUGAUGACGGGCGCUGCUGGAAGCCGUUCCGCGUCGGCAUCGCCGCGGAUGAGCGGCAGGCACUCGUCCGGAGGUGAUCCGGCGAUUCCGCGUCUUUCCUCGGCCAAGAACCGCGGACAGGUGUCGCAAGCAGAGCUGAACUUGAGCGGGGAACAGAUCUACCACCGGGCCGAGGAUAAACUGAAGAAGCUCACCGGGACGACCGCGGCCAGAGCCACGGUUGGGGUAGUUUCCGUGGGCAGCAGCGCUGGUUCUACUUCUCCAGCGUCACCUCCGCAGACAAAGGACGUGAAGGUCCAGGGGUUGUAUCCGGGGCGGCGCGUUCCCGAGGAAGACCUGGACCACAUUAUGCGGGGGUGGCAAAGGAAGAAAAGCACGAGCUCGUCGGCGAAGAGCAGCAAGCGCAUGAAGUCCGACCCUGGGAACCACGGCGCCCUCGGACCAUCGCCCAGGAUGGCCGAUGCUUUUCUCGAUUUCAAGGUGCAGCUACGUCUUUGUCAAUAUCAAUGAAUCUUCAUCUCAUGUUUCUUUCAUGUGUUGUGUGCUCCUGCUGGAUGAGAUAAGUUUUAAGUAUCUAUCAAAUAAAGCGAAUUAUAAUUCAUCGCAGUUCCAUGUUGCAAAAGCACAAAGAAACUAACGUCACUGGUAAUUGCGCAACAUCAUGAAAAAAGAUUUCACCGAACAACGUCACACAGAACAAUGCUGCGCGGCAAGAUGCGGACACGGAGAAUCCAAAAGUGCGCGCGUGGCAGCUCGCAAGUGGUGUGCGACGCGACUACAAGCGAUGGACACUGGACUCGAAGAAGAAGCACCUCGUGACCGUGAUCGAGGAACGCUUACUCGGGGAAGAAGUUUGUUACCAAGACCGAGUCUACUACUCGAAGGAGGGCCUUUAUCAAUGGGAAAAUUAUAAUCUAUUCACCGCGAGGACGGUUGUUCUCUUGCACGCUGCCAAUUUGAUGCAUUUUCUGUCACAAGAAAAGAAAAAGAUUCGGAUAUUCACAUUCAGUCCAGCAGAAGAUGAAGAAGUGCCACUGCUGUGUCGCAUGUUCCCCUGAUUGCCCAUAUUACUUAUUUCAUGCGACAACUUCAGCGUUUACGUGUAGUUGCUGUUGAUCUUGAUGAAAUCGAAAUAGUUUUUUUUUCCCUUGGAUACAGGGGCGUCGAUGAAACGGCGGAAACAGGUACCGGGUUCCCGGAGGCGAGAUUUGAAGGUGCAGCAAGACCUGUCGAAGGUGACGGGCCAGAAGCUAGGCGUGAAGGAACUUCAGUGGACGCUGCAACACCUGCACCGCCUCGUAGAGUUCAACGGACUAGAGACGGAUAUCAACCGGCGCAAGGCGCUUGCGGCCAUGCGGAGUAAAAACGCCGAUCUGGACCUCGGAACCCUGCGGGCGGAAAUGACAAAGGCUGAGGACAUGUACCACAAGUUUGCCAAAUUCUCGCAGAAAUCCCACGCAGCCGAGCUUUCCGAUUCCAGCGAGAGUGGGGCAGACGCCGUAGUCGUUUAAGCCUGCAGCAGCGACUGUAGAAUGCAGAAUGGUAUUCAGUUGUCGUCUCUCGUCAGCAACGUGCGUUCCUGGUCCCGCCUGUGGCUGGUUCUUUUGGUUUAGCAUGAAGAUGAUGACUACUGAUUUCUUCCCGAAGGAAUAGUAAAUAUGGCAUUAUAUUGAUGUGUGUGGUUGUGGGUCCACCAGGAAAGACGGGGCACAUACGUCGAGAUAGCCGCCGACAUGUGGCUACAACUUCGUUGAUAUUGCCACAUGAUCACUCUGAUGACUUGAUACCAUUCUCCAAACUACGAAGUUGCGCCUCGAACUCGUAUAUGGAUUGUAAAAAUGUCUGGGUCUGGAAGAUUCUGAUACCCGUCCUGCACGUUUUGCAUGAGCCGUGAUGUCGGUGAUGCAUGCCCUAGCAUCACAGAUUUUUUGAGGGCCACUUGAUGCUUAUUCUGCAUGAUAAAUGCCCUUUCCGCGUAGCGCAAAUUGCGUUCUCUUUGCUGCUCAUGCAAUACAGAUUUUUUUGGAAUCCAAGUUCAGCAUCACAAGUUUCAUUCUUCCAGACCCAGACAUUUUUGCAGUUGAUAUUGUACCGGGGGCGCCACCGGACCACCCGCCUGGACCGAGUGUCUCUUCUUACGCGAUGUAACUGACUUUGCAGCAGAGUGGUUUUGGUUUUAGAGGUGGUCUGGUCCUCAAGAAAUUCCAGCUACAGUUUGAUGCUAUUUUGCAUUCAUGUUCGUCUGUCCACUCAUGUAUAAGGACCGACUGAUAUUAAUCAUCAGUCACAAAAUGAAAAUACUCUCAUUUUUUUUUCAGAUGAAAACAUGAGAACGAUAACCAUCUUCGUCUAGUACGAGAGCACGACAGAAUUUUUGCGUCCUCAUUCAUGCAUGGCAACUAGCAAGACCAUCGUGACUUGGAAUUUUCGACAGCACUUCCGAAAUCGCUGCGUAGGCAAAGUCACUCAUAUCUUCACCAUACCCGUUAAUCCGUCGCACCCACGAGUGCGCUCGUCAACCGCUGAGGCAUUGAGGAGAUCUCGGAAGAAAUACAUACUAGUUAGAGUUUGUCCGAAAAAAAGAAGAACGAAGAAUGGUUCAACGACUUAUAGACGCUGGCCAAGCGCAAAGAGUUACAUUAUUUAACCUAAAUUAAAAGAUACGCGUUAUGUAUCACAUGAUCAACUGCUCUCGCAGCAAGGCCGCGUUCAGAGACUGCCUGAAACUAGGUUGUCAGGAAAGAAGAAGUCUACUUUCAGCACUACCCACAUGUAUUUUUCCCAUUCAACAUCACGGACUGUCGACUCCGACCCGGGCUGUGUAAAUAAGUUGACACCUGGUUCUUGAAGUAGCACGCAUGAAUCCCCAGUAGAGAUAGCUUGUAAAUUGUAUAUUCUUGAUGGGCCCUACGCAAAAAUACAAAAUAAAGACUGUACCACCGAUAAUAUAAAAGAUAAGCUGUGCAUCAACUUCCUGUUGCCCGUACCGAUCACGUAUUGUAUGGCUUCUACAGCUGCGGCUGCGUGCUUCAGCCUCUUCGUACUUAACAGCUGCUUCUGCGAUUUUCGUGCCAAAAAUACAAGACCUUUCUUGAUAUGGCUCCGCAUACAGUUGUCCUCCCUAGAGACAAACAAACAGCUUGCGCGGCUCCCUAUGGAAUGCCUCGUCGCACUCAAGGGGAGUAGAGGAAUACCUCUUCCGAUCAUUUAUCCCUUUCUGACCCUACGAGGAGCAGGGC